AUGGGACUAUUUUCCGACAUGUGGAGCUGUCUGCGACGCCGCCUGAGGGCCACAAACGGAGAAGACGCCGUGGACGACGGCGCCGAAGAAUCUUCCAACUUGUUUUUCAAUCUCCAAACGCUGCAAAUUGCCACUAAUUUCUUCUCCGACUUGAACCGGCUGGGUCACGGAGGCUUUGGGCCCGUCUACAAGGGACUGAUGCCAAAUGGACCUGAAAAGAUGCUUGUGUACGAGUAUUUGCCUAACAAGAGCCUUGACUAUUUCCUUUUUGAAAAGGAGAAGUCUCAGCUUCUGGAUUGGAAGAAACGAUACCAAAUAGUUAGUGGUAUUGCAAGAGGCCUUCUCUAUCUGCAUGAAGAAGCGCCUGAAAGGAUAAUCCAUAGAGACAUUAAAGCCAGUAAUAUAUUGCUCGAUGAGCAUUUGAAUCCAAAAAUAUCAGAUUUUGGUCUGGCAAGGUUGUUUCCUGGGGACGACACACAUUUAAACACGUUUAAGAUUUCCGGCACUCAUGGUUAUAUGGCUCCUGAGUAUGCAAUUCGUGGAUAUUUGUCUGUGAAGACAGAUGUUUUUAGUUUCGGCAUUUUAGUCUUGGAAAUUGUCAGUGGGAGAAAGAAUCAUGACGGGUUCCUUGAUGCUGCGAAGGCUGACCUCUUAAACUAUACAUGGACACUUUUUGAGGCAGGGAAGUCAGAGGAACUAGUUAAAGGAAGUCUUGCUAAAUACAAUCCCGAAGAAGUUGCGAUGUGCAUUCAAUUAGGAUUGUUAUGCUGUCAAGCUAGUAUUGCAGAGAGACCUGAUAUGAACUCUGUUAAUCUCAUGCUAUCAAGCGAUUCAUUCACUUUACCUAGACCUGGGAAGCCCGGGAUCCAUGGCCGUGUAGGCCGGUUCACUACUACAUCGUCUUCCCCUUUCACUAACAAUACGAAUGGUAGCACCACUCAAACUGGCGGUACUAAGGUCUCCAUAGGUAGUAGUUUUGUCGAGGAUUACUCUAGAAAUUCGAUCUCCUAUUCAUCCAUGGAGGAAGGUAGAUGA